GUCUUGUAUAUAAUACCAUAUAUUAUAUUAAUAGAAUUGGGUCAAACUACCCGUUGUUAUUGUCCCGAAAACGCCCAUGCACGAAGCGUCCAUUUUGCAAUAAGAUACAUUAUUGAGCAGUGCAUACUGUACGCGUCUAAGUUCCUAUACUGUGGAAGAUAAAUUUGAGUUAGAACAAAGAAAGACAAACCCAGUGAAAAGUCGAAAUUAUUAGAUUUCGAAUUUGAAGAUUGUUAAAGGUUGAUCAAAAUAUCAAUAUGUCGAAUUUUUCUUCUCGGGCCCCAAUAGAUCAUUUUGAUGUAGAUGUAAAGAAACCUAAAAAUGAUUGUGAUGCAAUGAAAAUGCAAAAUGACAUCACUAUGGCACCAAGGCCACAACACAUUGAUUCAAUAAAAACUAUGAGUGCUGUUAUAACAACCACUGAAACCACUAAGUUGAAAUCCACUAUUAGAACCAAAUGUGUAGAAGAGCUUAUCAUUCCUUUUGCUGAAAAUGAUCGAAUUGCGCAAAUGGGUUCGACUGGAUUGUGUAGUCCAUCUUCAGCCGGACGUGUUAUUUGCAUGAAAUACAAGAAGGUUAUACCAUCUAAAACCGAUCAAAUAAAAACGAAAAUGCCAAAAUCGGAUACUAAUAUAAAGGCAUUCCAAUUUGAUACAAAAUCACCAGACGAUAUUGCUCUGGAAGCUUUACAAAAACGAUGGAAAUGAGAAAUCAAAAUAUUUCCCU